GGAAUUUUGACUGUGGUCUGUUCCGUAUCAUUCAGACAGCCCUAAUGUGGAGUGCGUGGAGAAAAUGAGCAUCCAGUAUGAGCUGGUCGAGGGCAAAUGUCAGGAGAAAGGGCAGAUGUGCAAGAUGACCCUGUUGGAUAUGAACAUUUGCACAGCAGAAGAUGCUGAAGUUGUGCACUCCAACAUGCUUCAGAUGACUGAGAAACUAAAAUGUAGGUUUGAAGAAGAAGUGGAACACAUGGAUCGUGAUUUUAAGGAGAUGGCUAAAUGGCAUGAGAAGCAUUGUCAAGGCUUGUACAGAUGUGUUCAGGAGGCCAUGAGUCUCUGGGAUGUCCAUCAACUCCAACUGUCCCAGCAGGAAGACGCACUUCAAAAAAAAAUAGAUGAAUGCAGAUGGGAACAGGAUAAUAUAAUACAGCCUGAGGUCUUUCUGACGUUGUGGCAUCCAAAAUUGCCCCCAGUGCUUGGAGAGACCACAUCCCAGCCUAGAGCAGAGCAGGACAAUCACCUCUCUGGAGCGGUGCCAGAAGACAGGGACAGUUGUCAAAAAUCAGCUGGAGAAAGAAAUCUAACCGAGAAACAGGUGAUCUUGGCACAGGAAAUGGAAGAAGCAGAGGAAGAAGAUGAGGAGAGGAUUCCUUAUAAAAAUGAAGAAAAUGAGCAUGCAGAACAGGGACUAAGCAUUAUGCAGUCAGCAUCAAAGAGCAGUGAGGCCGAAAGUGCUGAAAUUGCCACGGAGGUUUUUUUCACUGCUAGUGAAAACACUUACACUAUUCUUGGAGUUGAAGAGGCAGGAAAGACUGACAUCACAGAGAGUUAUUUUACAAAAUAUGAAAAAGAAGAAUCACUUCCUAUGUACCUGAAAUGUGUACUUCUCACAGAAGCCAUGUUUGUCAAGCUGAAUAAAAGGCUUCGCCUCUGCUUUUUUGAACACUUAGAGAAAUGGUUUGCAGAAUCCUUGUCCAACUCCUAUGUCUUUGUAGCUGCCAAGAAAGAGGAGCUGAAUUCAAUAUUUCUGCUGCAUCUUAAGUUGCAUCAACAAAAACAGGAGGAGAUACAGACAAAUAUCUACAAUGCUCGAGCUGCGGAACUGUCGCUUCACAAAGAGCAUCUUGAGUGCCACUGUGCUGUGUUGACAGAAGGCUUGAAAAAGGAGAAAGCUGAAUUCCUCAGAUUUUCGGACCAGCUAAAUAACCUCAACACAAACUUUCAUUCCCAAGUCUGUAAUUUGGAGUAUGACUUGCUCCACACUCCUGUGACUGAACAGUCAGCUUCUUCCAGCAACAAUCUUGAAUCACAGCUCCGCAACCAUCUGGAAUUUAUCAGGGUUACUGUGAGAAGUUACCAGCAACACUUGGAGGAAGCUUUAGGAAAAUUAAGGGAUUCUAAUGUGGGUUUUCUCAAAAGUUGCAGAUUAUUUUCAGAGGUCGGUGACUUUUCUUCUGAGGAAGUAAAGUUUUUCAACAAGUAUCUUCAGAAAGAAAGUAAGCAAAUUGACUCCUUUGAAAGUUCAAUCAAGACAGAUGUGGAGAAAAUAAAAUCGAGCUGCUUGGAGCAGGCUAUUGAACUUUUCAAGCAGUCUGAAAAAAAAUUUGCUUCUCUCUCUCUGAGUCGAGCCUUUAUGGAGAAGUUCCAUCAAUCUUUGAGAAAGCUACGACAGCAAAUCAAAUCAGAGGUAGCGAAUUCCAAUUUGCAGUCCAUCACAUUAAAGUCUUACCUGGAAAAGCUGCAGCAGAAGAGAGAUGCUUAUGUUCAUUCUACUGCAGAUAAAGAAGUAACUUCUAAUCAGCAUGAAACGGCUUUAACUUCUGAAGAGUUGUAUGAUUUUGCCAGAGAGGUGUUAAAAGAGCUGAAAAAGAGGAGCAAGUAUCUUGACUGCUUCGUAGUAGAAGCAAAGAUCCCACAUGCCACUGAGGAUUUCACUCCUGACACAGAUGGGACGUUGCAAGAGGACUUCACAACACUUGACACGGAUGGGAAGUUACAAGAUUUCAUUGCUUCUGCUGCUCCAAAAGAGAGUCUCAGAGAUGAGAGCAAAAGGAUGGUGAUGGGACUGGAUCCUGAAAAAUUCCCUUUGUUAAAUCCAAGUGGAAUGGAUGCAUCAAUAUUUGAUGAUUUGGCAAUAAGUGUUAUCAAAAAUUUAGCUGGAUUUGGCCUAUCAAAAGAAUCCCGAGACGUAAAUCAGGGGACAAAUGAUCCAGCAAUUCGAGUAAAGAAGUUAUCUGAUGCACAUUCUCAGAAGUCUGCUAGCAAGAGGUCAUCUCGGGAUGAAACAAAGCAAAAAAAAAGUGAAAAAGGCCGAAAAUCUCCUACAAGGGAUGAGAGAUCCGAGAUAUUUGGAAAGAAGCCUGCAAAGUCUGAUACUUUUAAGGGGAUUAUUAUGAAUAUUCUCUGGAAGGGUAACAACACCUUGCUCUACCUUGGUGAGGAGUUCUAUGGAGAAAAGAAGAAUCCUCAGAAGGGAAUGCUUGAAGAUCUUCCAGACACAUUUGAACAUUGGGCAGAAAUGCUCAGACUGAAACUACUGUCAUACCAAAGACAGACAGAUGAUUACUACAAUUUCUGUCUUAGAGAAUUUUGGGAUCAGCUGAAGUGGUUUGAAGAGGAACUCUCUUCUGUUUCCCAACUGGUCGUGGAAAGUCUUUUGAAAGAACAUGAGCAGAAACUCAACUCUUGUACUGGUCAUAUUCAGCAUCUCUUCAACAAACAGCUGAAAGAGUGGGAGGAUAUGAAGACUAUGCACCGGAGAAAAUUACAUUACUCCCUAGUACAGCCAAAUAACUCACUUCAGCUGGAGGCUUUGUGCCAAGAGGAAAUAAAAAGGCAAAGAGAUCAAACUGAUGGUGUUCAUCUCAACACAAAGAUGCUGCAGGAUUGUGCUGCUGAGUGUGCUCAGAGCUUUUUUUCUGCACUGGCUGCCCUCACUGAAAAGCUCCUCUUGGAACUAGAUGAAACUAUCACUACUGAUGAUGUGAAAGUAGCAGGAACUGAAAUACCUACAACAGAGAUGUCGACUUUAAAGCAUUGUAAACAAGAUGGACUUCCUCUAGGAACUUCCAAAGUUCAACAGCUAGUCAAACGAAGAAGGAGGUCUUGGCCAGGAAUACCCAAGACUACUCUUUGUGACUCUCCAGACUAUAUUCUUUGCAGAGGAACUGCGUCCGUUUCAACAGCUAAGACUACCUUGGGCCAUCUGGCAGUGGUGCAUGCAAGCCAAGCUGCAUAUCAGAAAUACAAAAGUAAAGUUGAACAGAUGUUUGCCCAGAUUAAGGAAGAAAAUGCAGAUCAGCUGUUGGCAAUUCAGCGUUGGAAUGAUUGGUGGGAAGAAUCUGUCCGGAAGAUAAAGCUACUCUACGUCUGAGAUCAGUCAAAUUUUGUUGAGCGUUUUUGGUUGUAAAUUGACAAUGAAUGUCACUGAUAUUUUUCUUUUAUCUUACUAAUCUGUUGCAUUGAAA